UCAAGAUGGCGACGAAGAACUGCCUGUACACUGGAAAACAAUAGAAAUAGCACAGUAGGGCAGAGUUUGAUUGUUUUGUUGUCUUGUUUUCUUUUUCAUCCGCAGUCUCAAAAGGAACGAGGAUCGGUCAGUGUUUUCUGUGGGAUGUACUACUAAUAAGAUAACAUUUGGGCAAAAGUGAAUGUAUCAUGCUUUGUUACCAAGCUAGUUAGCUAGCUAGCAAGCUGGCUACAUCCGUAGCGUGUGUAGCACUGCUAUCUAACUAGCUUUUCGUUCAGAGAGGGCUAGAGAAUCAGCUGUUAGCCAAAGAGCUACUUUUAAGAGUUUCAAAAGUUAGCUGGCUGAAGUUCUUCUGUGUUUAAAAUGGCUGGGUGUAUGUACUGUAGAAGGCGGUUGUAUUGAACUCCGAGGACACAGCGGAUUUUUUUUUUUUCAUUUUGUUGAGUGAGUGCAUAAGUAUCCACCGAGUCUUUAAAAUAUCUUACUGACUAUUGCCAGAUCAAACUUCUGAGCUAGGGACUCCGAAGAGUUUUCUUUUGGCAGUUAGCAGCUUGCUAACUAACAAAGCUCGUCUUGUUGUCGGUUUAACUUUUUAGUUUAUGCACAGGUGUUUUCUACACUUGCGUAUUCGUACUAACAUGUUUUAAUACCUUCUUUACUCGAGUUUGUUCUUGGGCAGUUUCGUCAGCAAAUUCGGUGGGUGAAAGUUGGAAGUCAGGGUGCUUCUGAGCUCUUGGUUUAGGAUUGCGAACAGCUCUAUGUUUAGGAGACCAAUGUUGCUGUUUUACCUUUAGCAGUUUGUUUGUGACGAGGUUCAACACUACUUACAUUAUCUAAUAGGUGGAUUUGUUUAAAUUGAUUCAUGAUGCACUGUAAAGUUGACUAACACCUCCGUCUUCGACUGUGAAUUUGAUUUCACUGUUGAUCGGUGGUGAAGUGCUAUGAUUUAUAAUAAGUUAUUGGUGAACGGGGUACUUCAAAGACUGCGAUUGAGCGCUUAAGAGUUUGUAAUUUAAGUAGUUGGCAGUUUGUAGAAGGGAGGUGUAGAGUAUUUACUGGCAAGACACUGCGAGAGUAUUUGUACCUAUAGUUCUCGAAAAGUUAACGUUACACGCUUAUGUAGUAAGGUAUUUAAUUAUGGGAACAUGUAACCUGUGUUGCCAGGAAAAGGCACUCGGUUAGAGUGCAGUUUCUUUUAAAAUCGCAUUUUAUACAGAGUACAAAGGACUCGCAGUGAAAGCGACAAAAAUGGUGGCAGUCGUGUGUGUUUUGUAAAAGGCAGGGGGUAGAGACACCCACUCAGUGAAGAAGCACAUUCCGCAUUAAAAGUUGCUUGUAUCCGGAGCACCGAAAUCCAAGCCCCGGCGAUUAAUAACACGAUCAUUGAUGAUGGCGGAUUUUGUCAUGCCGCGGCAUAGCGCGGUAAUGGAACGUUUACGCCGUCGAAUCGAACUCUUCCGACGGCACCACACCAGCUGCGAGAACCGCUACGACAACACGGCCAUGGAGCGGCUGGAAAUGGAAAGGCAGCAGACCCUUGCGCUGCAUCAACGGUGCCUGCAGACCAAGGCCAAACGGUCGAGUAAGCACAGACAGCCGCAGCCGACAUCCGAUCAAACGACUCCAAGAAGCUCCGGAACCGGAGGAGGCAACGCGGAGCUUGUCGACAGCGGGACGCCUGGAGAGCCAAGCAGAAACAGCACUUUAAUUGCGCUCCAGGAGACGGUGAAGAGGAAGCUGGAGAAUGCCGGUUCUCCGCUGGGCCGAGAUCCCAUCAACGGCUUCGGCGACGGCAGCGGCUACCCGCCCUCCAAGAAGUCCUGCAUGGAGGACGUGCUGAGCGGCCUCAACGGAGGCUCCAACGGCGCCAUGUCGCCUCUGGACAGUAAGCACGGCAUCAGCGUUGACGCCCUCGGCCACAACGGGACGCACGGCGGGGGCGUGGAGCAGAACGGCACGGGGUUGGGCGGGGAUGGCGUCGGGGGGCGGGGCUCGGAGCAGGACAUGCGUCUGCUGAAGGAGCUGAAGCAGGAACCCAUGGACGAACUCCUGCCCACGCCGGGAGGCACCGGCGGCAACAACAGCCUGUUCCCCGACCUCAACCUCAACGAGCAGGAGUGGUCCGAGCUGAUGGAGGAGUUCAAUCGCUCGGUGGACUACGAGGACAUAAAGGAUAUCUUUAACGACGCCCUCGAGAACGGCAAGGACCCCGAGCUGCCCCCUACCGGACCCCGGCAAACCUCAUCCCAGCAGCAACAACAACAACAGCAGCAGCAACAACAACAGCAGCAGCAGUCCAACCUGCUACCACCAGACCUGGCCAACAUCAAGACCGAGUUUCCCUCGGUGGGCUCCUCCUUUGACCACGAGCCGCGCACCUCCUCUCCCCACAUGAGGCCCACUCCCUCCGGGCCGAGCCUGCACACCAGCUCCCCCAUCGCUGGAGCCUCCGGCGCCUCCGCCGCUUCCUCCCCGGCCCUACCGGGGCCUCCGCAGCAGCAGCAGCAGCAGCAGCAGUCCCAGGCUCAGGUGCCGUCGCAAGGCCAGCCGCCUCGUCAGCUCCAGCCCAACCACCUGAUGCCGGGGCCCCCCAAGGAUCUGUCCCCAGCCCAGCAGCUCCAGCAGCUGGCUGCCCGUGAGCAACAGAGGGCCCAGAUGAUCCAGAGUCAACAGCAGCAGCAGCAGCAACAGCAGCAACAACAACAACAACAACAAGCACCCAAGUUCCACGCGCCCCCCAACCACCCCUCGUCCUGGCCCCCUCAGGCGGCGCCCCCAACCCAGAGCCCGCUGGGGGGCUCCGUGUACGGGCUAGAGAAGCCCACCAGCCCCUCCCUGUACCCGCAGGACUUCCCCAACCCCAAGGCCAAAGCGGUGCCAAGCGCUGGGGGUUACAUGCAGCCUGGCGGGCACCCCGGCUUGAUGGGCCACCCGCCUCCUGGGCCUAUGGGGCACCCCCAGGGUGGGCCGGGAGGACCUCAGUCGGCCAUGCCGGACUACAACAACACCAAACCCCUCACCCACUUCGAGGCCGGGGCCCCAGUACCACCCCAGGGGCCCAAUCGCAAGCAGGUUCUGCUCUCCAUGAUGCGACAGCAGCAGCAGCAGCAGCAACAACAGCAGCAAGCCAUGAAGCAGAAGGCAGGGCACCCCUUCAGACCAACACAUAUGCCGCAUCCACAGGACCAGGGAUCCUACCCGUCGGCGCCUCACGUCCCCGGCCCCGGUAAUGCCAUGGCCAACCAGCAGGGGGGGAACCCCAUGGCCGGUAACCACGGCAACGCGGCGUACCUGAGCGGCCAGGCAGCCCAGGCCCAGGCCCAAGCCCAGGCCCUCAAGCAGCAGCAGCAGCAGCAGAUGCAGUUGAUGGAGCAGCAGUACCUCAGGCAGCAGCAGCAGAGGCAACAGCAGCUGAUUGCUGGAGAGCAGGAGAAACAGCAGCAGCUCCAGAGGCACUUGACCCGCCCGCCUCCUCAGUACCAGGACCAACAGAAUCAGCCGGCCAAUCAGAACCCAUUCCAGCAGCAGACGCAGGUGUCCCAAUUUCCAGGUUCGUCUCAACCAAUGGGUAACGUGAACCCCCUGGGAGGCCCCGCCCCCGGCUCCCAGCGCAUGUUCCCCCAGAACCAGGCCAUGAUGGGGAUGGCUGGCGUGGGUCAGGGGGGUCCUGGUCCCGCUCCGGGAGCCCCACCGGCCGCCAGCCAGGCCGACCUGAGCCUGUCGUCAUGUGGCGGCGGCAGCAGCAUGGACGUGCUCUACGCCAACAUGCCCAUGCACCCAUCGCAGCACCCGGCCCAGCAGAGGCCCGGUGUGGGCGUGGGGGGCAUGCCGGGUCCGUUCCGCCAGAAUCUUCUGGCCCAGCAGCAGCAGCAGCUCCUCAAGAGCCAGCCCAACGCCGCCCUGCUUAAGCAGCAGCAGCAGCAGAUGCAGGCACGGCUGCCUAGCAACAUGGCCAACCCCAUGGCCAGCAGCAUGAACGCCGCCAUGCCCGGCAGCAUGCAGGGCGGCAUGCCCACGCAGACGCAGUCCUGGCAGCAGCAGCAGCAGCAGCAACAGCAGGCGGGCAUGCAGCAGGGCAUGGGUGCCCAGGCCUCGUCCAGCAACGGAGGCAUGCCCGCAGGCUUCCCCAACCAGGGCUUCCACAUGCAGCCGCGCAUGCCGAAGAUGCCCACCAACGGCCCUUUCGGGCAGCCUGGCAUGGGCGGCAGGCCCAUGGCGGGCAUGAACCCGGGACAGAUGAUGCCCGGCAUGCCCCAGCAAAGGACCAACAACCCCUCACUGGGGCAGCAGCCGGGGCAAGCGCAGCCUCCACCUCAGGCCCAGCUGCCUGACCUGUCGGCCUUCGGGCAGCCGCAGCCUGGCGGCGUGCCCAACCGCACAGCCGGCAUGCCCUGCGGCCAGGGCUACCAGGUCAAUAGGACGUCUGGCCAGCAGCUGCCAUUUGGCUACAACCCGGCCCAGUCAGGCGCCAACCUGCCCAGCUUCCCAGGUGAGAGCGACCUGGUGGACUCACUGCUGAAGGGGCAGGCCACGCAGGAGUGGAUGGACGACUUGGACGAGCUGCUGGCCAGUCACCCGUGAAGUAGCCAGGGGCAGAGGCUGAAGGGGGGGGGGGGUUGUCCUAUUAUAACUGCCUCUGAAAGGGGGCCAGCUCUGCGGACAGUCAGUGACUGCCCAGCGUGAACACCCAUCCCAUUUUUACACGCAAUCUGCUCUCCGUGAAAUUAUCUACGUGCUUCUGAGAUUGGACUCUUAAUCUGCCUGAGAAACCCCCUCGAUGGACUGCCUUCAGCUAAAGCAUUUGCGUAUGUGUGCGUGCACCUGUGUGUCUGUAUUUGUAUAUGUGUGAGCGUAUGUAUAUACCAGGUGUAUAUAACAAAGAGUUUGAAGGGAUUAUAGGGCCCAAGGCCUGAAAACAGUAACUAUUCCCGAGCCAGGGGAAGAAAAAAAAAAAGAUACACAUUUUUAAAAUGAAAGAAACACUACUACUGAACCUGUGGCUCAGUACUAAACCACUGAAUCCCAGCACAACACAAAGGGUUAAACAGCCUGUAAGCAGCCUCGCAUAUUGUACUGGAAGUCCCAUAUCACAGUUGCCUCCUUGACGGUUCUCGUGCAGUUGAAUGGUUGGUUAGAGUUCUGUAUUUCGUUGCCUUCUUUCCUCUCUGAUUUUGGAGUCGGUGCCUAGGAGCUUCAUCAUGGCUGCAGCCAGAGUGCCUGUACUGCCUCGUUAGCAAGUGCUAACUAAUGUAAACACCACAUGCCUGCAGUCGCAUUGAUUUGUGAUUUUUUUUUUUUUUUUUUUUUUUUUUUUUUUUUUUGUUGUUUUUUUUCUCUGAGGGUUUUUCUAUCUGUUGGUAAAUAAACUUGUCACAGGAACUGCUCUCAUGAUUUCCCUCAGCUGAUGUCUCUCCCGUGAAGGAGAGUCGUCCCCCCAUGACAUCCCAAACUGGGUCACCUUGUUGGCACACCCUGUUGGUGUUGUGUGUUGGCACACCUGUUGGUGUUGUGUGUUUGCAUAUAGGUGUUGUGUUGCGCAGAUGCUGUUUGACUCGGCUGGUUUUCAUUCUGGUUCCAUUAUUUUCCAAAAGAAUAUGUCUUGUUUCCUUCUACUCUGUCUUGUCACGCUGUCUUGAUGCUGUUCCAUGCACUCAAUUCUGUAGGGUGGUUUCUGUUCGUUGCUGUUUAAGGGAGGUAGGGUUCACGUUGAAAACACUAAAACACUCAAAGCUAUUUCGGAUGAGGCGCGUACACGCACACACACACACACACACACACAUACAUACACACACACACACACACACUUUCACUUACCUUCACUUACUUUAGUCAGACACACAUACACACUUUAGUCACACAUGUUGCGCAUACACUAAGUCAUGUUGGUUUGUCUAUCUCUGCCGAAUAUUUGACUGAAUUAUGGAAUGUGACUUAAUGCUAAAACUACUCAAUGAGUUUUUUUUUACACCCAAAAUGUUUUUUUUUGUUUUGUUUUUUUUUUUGCAGGAAAGAUACUUGUGAUCUUCCAGAGUCAAGGCCUUAGUGCUGUAGUUGAAGAUAUCCUGGUUGUCAGGAUGUCCAUGUAUAUUUAUAUAUAUAAAAAUAUUUUUUGUAUGUAUGAAUUUUAUUGUUCAGGAGAUGGAUCUUAUUUUUUUAUGUACAUUGAUGCCAAUUUUGUAAGUGUUUUAUACUUUUAUUAUGGUUCUCUGUAAAAGAGUAUUAUGUAAAUAUAGUUCACUAGAAAAGAA